ACGGGGCUAGCUGACAGAACCCGGGCGCCUGGCGCUCGGGAGGUAUUGUCCGUCCCUCCGCGCUUUGGAAAGUCGUCGCCGGCUCACCUGGCCGUGGGCGCGUCCUGGCCGCUGCAGCCGGGAGCGGGGUGCCAGCCGCCGCCGCCGCCCCCGCCAUGGUGUCCCCGGUCACUGUGGUGAAGAGUGAAGGACCCAAACUGGUGCCGUUCUUCAAGGCCACCUGCGUGUAUUUCGUGCUCUGGCUGCCCUCAUCUAGCCCGUCGUGGGUCAGCACCCUCAUCAAAUGCCUGCCCAUCUUCUGCCUCUGGCUCUUCCUUCUGGCCCAUGGCCUGGGAUUCCUGCUGGCCCACCCUAGUGCCACCCGCAUCUUUGUGGGGCUUGUCUUCUCUGCUGUAGGUGACGCCUUCCUCAUCUGGCAGGACCAAGGAUACUUCGUGCAUGGUCUGCUGAUGUUUGCUGUGACCCACAUGUUCUACGCCUCGGCCUUUGGCAUGCGGCCACUGGCUCUUCGGACAGGUCUGGUGAUGGCAGUGCUGUCUGGUCUGUGCUAUGCCCUCCUCUACCCGUGCCUCUCAGGUGCCUUCACCUACCUGGUGGGGGUCUAUGUGGCCCUUAUCGGCUUCAUGGGCUGGCGAGCUAUGGCAGGGCUGCGGCUGGCCGGGGCAGACUGGCGCUGGACAGAGUUGGCAGCUGGCAGUGGUGCACUCUUCUUUAUCAUCUCAGACCUGACCAUCGCCCUCAACAAAUUCUGUUUUCCUGUGCCCUACUCUCGGGCGCUCAUCAUGUCCACCUACUAUGCGGCUCAAAUGCUCGUCGCCCUGUCAGCUGUCGAAAGCCGGGAGCCUGUGGAACACUACAGACUGAGCAAGGCCAAAUGAGGUGCCAGGGUCCGGUCACCCCUCUCUCCUCCUGGGGCUGGGGCCCAGAUCCUGGGAAGCUGCAGGAGCUGGAUCAGGAUGGCUGCAGUGCCAUCCUGGGGCAGCAGGUUCUGCCUGAGGAAUUUGCAAGUUUGAGUGGGGAGGCUGGAAAAGGAUCUCCCUAGCGGAACUCGUGGUCCAGGACAAUGCUGAGAGCUAAAAGAGCCAGCCUAAUCCCUGACUGGAGCCAGAAGUAGACAUCUCCCCACCUCUACCCCAUCAGGACUUUCAAAAGCCCUCCUGGAAGGUGAUGGUGCUCAGCUUCUUGACACACCCCCUUCCCCUACCAGGUGGAAGAGUCUGACUCCAUGUGUUAUGCCUAGGACCAAUGGCAGUGGUUCGUCCACUCCUCCCCUUUUUCAUCUGCACAGAGUUGAGGGAAAUGGGAGAAUCUGUGCUGAGAAGACUUAGACCCAGGAGCCCCUUUCACAGGCCCCUAGUUGGGAAGACUGGAUGAGAGUGGAGCCUCCCUUUUCCCUCUUCUAUCCUUGUUACUUGAACAAUCUCAAUCUCUAAGUGGUGGGUGGGGAUAUGAAGAGGUGUGGAUCCAGGCUAGGCAGGAGAGAGAACUUUUUUGGUCUCGGAGCUUGGGGUCUCAAGAAUUCAAGUGGCCCCAUCUCUCUCUCAGGCAAGCCCAAAGCUCAGGUCCCAUAUACCACCCUUAGAUCCUGUCCCCAGGGCUAGGGUGAACCAUGCCAAAGGAGGGGGCCAGCUUCUGUGUGUGUGUGUGUGUGUGUGUGUGUGUGUGUGUGUGUGUGUGUGUAGCCUGUCUCCUAGUCUGCCUAUGUCUUUCUCUGCUAUAUGUUUCUGUCCUGCUGUCUGUCUGUCAAAAGUCUCACAGAGAGAGGGCCUCAGGGAGCUGCUGAGGGGUGCUGAGCCUGGCUCAGGGAGCUGGGACCUCUCCCCUCCAACACACAUACUCACAGGGCUUUCCUCCUUGCCCCUCCUACACUAGGAGCAAGAGGAGGGGGCUGCAAUGACACUCUGGGGUUUUAAGACCCAAGGCACAUUCAAUGCAAGGGGAGCAAGGAUGGGACAACUCCAUCUUCUGCUGCCCAUGUGAAAAAAAAUAAAAAUCAAGAGCCAUUGGCUGCUCUGCUUGUGGGCCUGUGUGGCACAUGCCUAUCUUGGAGAGGGCAUCGGGGCAUGGUGCCAGGGGCUCUGGCUGUCCUCACAGCCUAGUCACAGUCCUGGGCAGUGCAUCUUGGUGCCAGGCUGGCUCCUUGGCUCUGGUGACACUGUGCUGGUUGGAGUGUGUCUCACUUCCCUGGUGUAGGUGAGGAUGUGGUUUAGGAGGAUGGGGGAUGGGUGGUAUUUGUCACUGUCCAAAUUUGUCCUUGUUGUACUCCCCUGUGCACAGGUGCCCAGCACCCUUGGUGACCUUUAGUUAUCCAGUGUCACCUAUUGCUGCCCACCUCCUCCCCUCCCGACUCGAGACCUGCUGCUUCCUUCAAAAUGAUCCAGAUUCCCUUCAAGCAUCUCCCUCAUCUUGGACUCUGGGCUUAGUUGAAUAGCUGGGAGCAAUGGGAUUAGAUUGACUGAUUCAUUCAUUAGAUGUAAAGCCCUGGCAGAAUAAUGUGUCACUCUGCUCCAGGAGCAUUUGCAACUUAACAGGCAAUGCCCUAACCCAGAAGUGGAAAGGGAAGCCUUCGGUGGUGGUGGAUAUGCCAUCAGUAGAGGUGUUGCACAUUUGUGGGAAUGUGAUUUAGGAGACUCAAGUGUCAUGGGUGGUUGGAUGAAUCAGUGAUUUCCAAAUUAGUUUUUACAGAGAUUCCUGGUAAGGGGUUAGUGAAGGAAUAAUGAGAGAAGGCAGGCUCAAAGACCCCCUAUCCUUAUUUCAAGUCCAGUAGCUUCUUAGGUUGCGUUUUUUUGUUUUGUUUUGUUGUGGAAGGAGUCCACUGAAAAACGUAAGUUUGAAACUUAGUGAGCUGGAUGAUCAAUCCUUUCUAGCUCUGAACCCUGGACACUAAAGAGGGAAGAUCUUGAUCCUUUCAAACUUCAGAACUCUGAACACAGACCUACCUAGUGUGAAGAAAUGGGAGAGAGCAGGAUGGGGAGAAGGAUGAAGUCAGCAGGACUUGCCUCCAAGCUCUGAGGGGAGGGAUAAGGUGCCAUGUGGAUGUGGAGGAGGGGAAGGGAAGUCUAGGCCCAGUCACAGGAAGGCUGGUCACUGCCUUGUGGGUGGGUUUGGACUAGGCUUUCAGGGGUCCAGGUCUGGGAUUCCCCAUCAUGCAAUCACAUCCAUCCCCUUGGUCCCUGCUGUAUACCACCCUCAGGAACAGGAAAGGAUGAAUUUAGUUUAUUGCCCCAUCCCUUCACUGAAUGUUUACAUUGACAAACACCAGAGAGCAAACUGGGCUUCCUACACCAGGCCAUGCAGAGGACCGGCCAAGAAGCUCCACAUCGUAACAGCCUCCUGAUGCCUGGACUGGGCUGGAGCUCACAUAAGGUGCUUUGAUUUCUUCUGCAGACUCUCGGUGAUGGAUGCUACAAUUGACUUAUCAUCUUUGUCUGAAAGAGCAAAGCAAGUAUUCAUUAUAUUAAUGAUGCUGGGGACCAGGGAAAUUCCAAACUGCUGGACUUCCUAUGCAGGAAACCAGGAGCUGGACCCUGGGACCCUUAAUCUUGGGUUGGCAGAGCGGAAGGGGCGAGAGCUGCCAUUUAUCUAGCAGUUAAUAUUUGCCAGACAUUGUGUCAGGCAAUUCUGUACUAUCUCAUUUAAACCUCACAGUCCUAUAAAGAAGAUGAGAAAACAGGCUCAAUGAGGUAGCUUGCUAAGGUCACAUGGCUGGUCAGUGGCAGAGCCAGGGCCCUGGGCCCACAUGCUGUGCUUACAACCGGAGUUGAGUUAUCAGGGAUCUCUUUAGCUGUGGAAUGAAAGCUGGAUAGCGCCCACAGUGCCUUCCCUGGCCUAGUUCUUUUACACAGCUCAGCAGCCUCUCUGGAGAUAUUGUCUCAGUGCCAGACACUUAGCUAAGCACUCAAGAGACAGAGCAACAUGACAAGGUCCUUUCCCCAAAGAAAGGUAUCUAUAACUGGACAAAAAAAGGUUUGUAACCAUGGAGACCACAGCAAUGGAGUGUCAUGGAAGGUUCAGGAGUAGCAGAAGAUGAGAUGAGAGGUGGGGGAGGGGGAAACCUUGUUGGUUUGGGAUUUUACCAUGAAAGGAAAGCCGGGGGAAAUUUAAGCAACAGCAAGGCAGGCCAGCUUUGCAUUUAGAGUUCAUGCUGCUAGCUGUGUGGCUAUGAAGACAGUAGACUGGGAAGGAAUAAAAUGCUUCCCCCACGUGUGCACACAUGAGUAGAAACAUGGCAUGCAUGUACAAAAGGGAGGGUUCCCUUCGCUCCUCCCCUUGUUUGUGCCCCCCACCUGCCCUUAUCCUAGACCAGUUUUAAUUUUGAUUGCACAUCAGAAUCACCCGCAAAAUUUUGUAAACAUAAAGGUUAUUUCCAGAACCCUGCCA